GUUUAGUGGGGUUGUAUUGGAUGGUUCUUGUUACACUUUGCAAUUUGAAAGUGGGAAAUGGAACGGUUGCAUAUGGCGUAGGAAAUGAAGGUCAUAUGGAUUCAAAGGGAAGAACAGUAAUCAAUGUGAAAUCCUAUGGAGCAGUUGGUGAUGGAAUAACAGAUGAUACAAAGGCCUUUUUAGAUGCAUGGGAGGCAGCCUGCUCCAUUGAAUCAGCAAUCUUGCAAGUACCACGCACGAAAACUUUGGUGGUAAAACCCUCCACUUUCAAGGGACCAUGUCAAAUCAACAUCACUCUGCUGGUGGAUGGUACUCUGGUUGCACCCAGUAAUCUUGAGGAUUGGGGCUCAGACAGGUACUGGCUAAAGUUUACUAAUCUCAACCAUUUCAAACUUAGGGGGAAAGGUACACUGAAGGCUCAGGGAAAACAGUGGUGGAACAAGUCAUGUUCAUAUGUGAACAGUAAGAGAAUUUGCGGCAAUGCCCCUAAUGCCAUAGCCUUCCAACACAGUGAGUACGUGCAAGUGAGAGACCUGAAGAUCAUGGACAGCCCCCGCUUCCAUUUACAUUUUCAAACGUGCAACCAUGUUUAUGCAAUCAAAAUUCAAAUUACAUCUCCACAAACAAGCCCAAACACAGAUGGAAUUCACCUUGAGAGGACACAAAAUGCUCACAUCUUAAACUCUACGAUUGCAGCAGGGGAUGAUUGUGUUUCUAUCGGUCAUGGAUCUUACAAUGUGACUAUAUCAGGACUUACAUGUGGUCCAGGGCAUGGAAUAAGCAUAGGCAGCUUGGGAAAGAAACAUUCACUUGCCCAAGUUCACAAUGUUGUGGUGGAUGGGGCACUAAUUACGGGAACAGAAAAUGGCCUGCGAAUCAAGACAUGGCAGGGCGGAUACGGGUGGGUGAGAGAUAUCGUCUUCAAGAACAUAGUGAUGAUCAAUGUUUCAAAUCCAAUUAUAAUAGACCAAUAUUACUGUGACUCGCCAGAGCCUUGUGCCAAUUAUGUAAGCAGAAGCUCACCUUGCAUCAGAAUUAUAUGAACUAUUAAUGACUUCUGUUAAGAGUUAAUGACGUUUCCCAAGAUAUACAUUCAAACAUCGUUCAAUCUGCUGAGUGAGUAGUGGACCUUUCCAUACCACAAAACUCUAAUAAUGCUUUAGGAUUGAAACCAGGCAGCUGGCUCUGUGUGUGUGCACGCGUAUGUUGUUUACAUAGGGCCACUUUUAGUCAUUUGAUAGGAGCAUAAGAUAAAUUUUUCAACUAAGGCAUUAGGCAUUAUUGGACAUGAAAUACCAUGACUGUCAGUAUAUGCCUUUUUUACCAGAGACAUUUAAUGUCACUGCUCAGAGGAAGAAAGGAAAUUAUUGGAAAAAUAUAAGGGCGUGUAUUACCUAAUAUGAGUAUGCUCUGCAUAGGCAUACCACUCACAUAAGAGAUUAAACAGUUUAAACAAAUAAUACAUUCCCAUUUUACAAAUAAAUUUAUCUACCCUAACAAAUGACACAAUUGCCACUUGUGAUAAACAUUUUGCUCUAAAGGAUGCAUGUCCAAAAAAUAGAGUAGGUUUAACUUAAUUAGUUCUCCAUAUAAAAGAGGUUUUGCAUAAAAAACCACUUACAUAGAGCCACCAAGUAAUACAGAGAACCACAAUAGAAUCCUAUCGCCCCACACGCAUGCCCACAUAUCCAACACAUACUGCACAAAUUAUUCCCAUCCAUAAUAGCUAGUUUAUUUGAGGCUAUAAAAGGGCUUAAGUUAGCCAAUCAUGCAUGCAAAUUUGGGCACAAAUAAUUUUAUAGAAAAGUAUACAAAGAGACCAUUUACUUUUAAUACAAGGAAGUCACAAUAACUCUUGUCCCUGAAAUUUCAAGUUGGGUGGCUGUGAGUAUGUCAGUGUCUAGACCCAAAGUUCAAAAAAAAAAAAGUAUUC